AUGUCCAGCGGUGGCGGAGGCGUGUCGGCGUUGGUGCGCAUGACGGCAGAAGAACCACCACUGCCUGUGCGCCUGCACCCGCUCGUCAUUUUGAAUGUAACGCAGCACGUGACGCGCAUGCAGCAGCGCCAACGCGCCGGUGCCGCAGUAGUCCUUGGUGUUCUCCUUGGCCGCACGGCGCAGGACGGCGCGACGGAGAUCACGACAUCGUAUGAGGCGGUCGGCUGUGAGCCGGUGGCUGCAGCCACCACCACCACCAGCAGCAGCGGCAGCAACAGUGACAGCUGGUGUGUGGAUUGGGUGGCGGUGCAGCGCAAGAAGGAGCGUCUUGCGGAGGUGUUCCCGGAAUUGAGUGUGGUUGGCUGGUACGGUGUUGGGGGAACGAGGGAGGACGUGGUGCAGUGCAGCAGCGUCACACACGUCGCGCUCUGUGAGGCGUUUGACGACACGUCUAACGGGAUGAUGUUCGCGCUCAUGGUGGACUGGGCUCCGCCAGUGGAGCUCGCCACUCUACCAGUGCACCUCUUUGAGGCCACGAUUCUACACACCCACCACGAAGAGCAGCAGCGCCAAUUGCACAUAGAUGAGCAACGCCAGUGGCAGGAUGCUCAGCGACCGCAGAACAGGGAUUGCGACCGGCGUACCAGCGACCCUGCUCGUACGGCACGGGGUAGCAGCCGAAUUAUUGCUGCCGCUGCGGGCAUUCCAGGUCUAGUGGUGGAGUUGACAAAGAUUCGAUUUCUCUUGGAGUCUGACGAGAUCGCACAGGUAGCGGUGGACGCCGCCAUGAAUUGUGUCAGCGCUGACUCCCACAACAAGAACCCAGGGGCGGCCACGGUGACACCGCACCUGAAGCGCAUUGUGCAGUCCCUGCGGCUGCUGCAGCAACGCAUCGUGCUGGUCACUGAAUAUCUUAGGGCGGUGGAGUGUGGCCGCGUUACGCAGCCAGACCCCGACGUCCUACGUCACAUUUCAAACGUCUCUGCAAUGCUGCCUGCCAUCUCCGCGGACGAUUCCGCACCCCACGGCGCCAUAGCAGCCAUUGAGGAAGAAGAGCGGCAGUCACUGGCUGUUGCACUCAUUUCGCUAGAAACAAAAUGCACAGUGGCGUUAAGUGAACUCGUCCGGGCGCAAAAAAAACUUCACUGA